ACGAAGAAGAGUGAGCUCCAGCGGCGGCAGCAGCAGCAGCGCGGAAGAGGAGUAGAAGAAGAAGAAGAAGAAGAAGAAGAAGAAGAAGAAGCUCUACAGGAGGAAGUUAGAGUGCUGGGAAAUAAGAGUCCUCAGAGAAGAAUGGCCUUCGACCAGCUGACCUCCAGCGCGUUCCUGCUCUACGAUGAGUGGACUAAAGGAGCAGACCCCCGAGUGGAGGACUGGCCCCUCAUGACCUCCCCGUUCCCCCAGACCGUCGUCAUCCUCGCCUACAUCUACUUCGUCACGACGCUCGGGCCUCGACUGAUGGAGAACCGAAAACCCUUCGACCUCAAGCGGCCCAUGAUCAUCUACAACAUCAGCAUCGUCAUCUUUUCACUCUACUUGAUUUAUGAGUUUCUCUUGUCUGGCUGGGCGAAUGGGUAUUCGUACCGCUGCGACCUUGUCGAUUACUCCAGCUCCCCUCAGGCUCUGCGGAUGGCGAGGACCUGCUGGCUGUACUACUUCUCCAAGUUCAUCGAGCUGCUGGAUACUAUUUUCUUUGUUCUGAGGAAAAAGAACAGCCAGGUGUCGUUCCUCCACGUCUUCCAUCACUCCAUCAUGCCCUUCACCUGGUGGUUCGGGGUCAAGUUCGCUCCAGGUGGUCUGGGAACCUUCCACGCCCUGCUGAACUGCUGCGUCCACGUCAUCAUGUACUCCUACUACGCCCUCUCGGCUAUGGGCCCGGCCUUCCAGAAGUACCUGUGGUGGAAGAAGCACAUGACCACCAUUCAGCUGGUCCAGUUUGUGAUGGUGACCGGUCACAUCGGCCAGUUCUUCUUCAUGAAGGACUGCCAGUACCAGUGCCCCGUGUUCCUGUACGUCAUCGGCUCGUACGGCAUGAUCUUCCUGGUUCUGUUCCUCAACUUCUACUACCACGCCUACACCAAGGGCAAGCGGCUGCCCAAAGUGCUCCAGAACGGCGCGUGCCACCAGAACGGGGUUCACAAGAAGGUGGAGUGACCCUUGACCCCGCGCUCGGCCGGACGUGAAGACUCUGCAGCUUUUUUUAAGUUGGUUUAUUUCUUUAACCAUUUCAGCCGUUUCACCCCACCGUGUUUUAUGUUAAAACUUCUGUGGAAUGCCACUUUAUCACUGGACGAGAAUUUAAAGGCUCUGCCUAUGACCGCAGCACAGCAGUGCCAGACUUUUACACUCGGUUGUUUUUUCCACUGGAGAUGAUCUGGUUGCGUGUUUGGGCUUCACAUCAGUUCUGAAAUGUUUAUUGGGUGUGCGAUAUUUAUUUUUAAUAUUCUGUCAUAUAUUUUGUACAUAGCUAUUUAAAGUCCCAGCUCUGAAUAUGAACAAGCUGCUGGUGUAAAAGAUGAUGAUUUGAUAAUAAUGAUAAUAAUGAUGAUUAUGAUGAAACGUGGGUUGUGAGAGCAGAGGUAUUUGAAGUUUUUAACGCUGCUGGUCUCUGAGGGGGCAGUGAAGGUGGUUUUUAAUGGUAGGCUGAGUUAAACAGGCCUGAAGCCUUUUCUCGAGAAACAGCAUGACUGAUUACCUGAUUAGCUUGAGUCCUAGAUUUUGAGCUUUCGAGCGACAGCUUGUGAUCGCUGGGAUUUUCAUCGUAUCAAUAUUUUGAGCCUUUAAAUGUCUUCAUUUUUCCCUCCUCAUUGUAGAUUUUUCUUUCUUUUAAAAAAACAAAAAAAAACCAAGCAAACUACAAAGUUUGACUGAGGCGCUGGUGUGUGUUUUUUCUAAGACCCCGAACAAAUGUGCCGAUGAUCUGUUUCUUUGUGUGUGGAGGUUCGGGCUGUAGUUCCCGGUUUCUUACCCCCCCCCCCUUUUUUUGUGUGCUGUAAAAAAUGUUUUUUGUAUUUCUGUGCAAUGCUCUAUUUAUAUACUGUUGUGAAAUGUGGAAAACCUGUGCUUUUUAUAUUGAACCAAAAUAAAUUGUCAAUGUUAA